AAAAAGAGUCACUUGAAAAGCAUCAAGAACAUCUUUCAAGUAAUCAGAAUAGAAGGCUUCAAAAAAGAGUAACAGAAACUGCCCAAGAACGUGAGUCACGUCUUGCUCGAGAUAGAGAAAGAAAAUGUCGUAAAGCAAGAACAAAUACUAAUUUACAGCAAGAAUCAGAACGACCUGUAAUAUCAGUAAAUAUAGAAAGUAUGCAUCCAAUUGGUGAAAAUAUUUCUACUUUAUCUCAAAUUGAAAAUAUUAAUAAUACAUCUGAAAACGAAGAGAUUAUUAUAGCUACAUCUCAAAAUAAUAAUAUUGCAGAAAUAAGUGUCGAAUUACAAUCAGCUACAGAAUUAAAUGAAGUUUUACCAAAAAAGUUUUCUGUUACAAAUAAUAUGGAUCCAGGUGAAAUAUCUGAGGAGCAUCAGG